AUGCAGAGGCAUGAACAAAACGAGCAUGAUACUGGAGAAGAAACGAGUGAUAAUGAAGACUCCGACCCAUCCUCUCAAAUGCAAAGAGUUGAAGAAUCCAACGAUGAUUCCGAAACGAGCGUAUCAGAAAGCGAUGGACACGAAUCGUCAAUGACAGCAAACAUGGAAGAAACUGAAGACAACCUCGCUUAUCGAGGAUGGUUAGAGCAAGCCAUGACAACCACCGAGGACUUGAGAGACGAAAAAUAUCAGAAAUACAUCUCAGAAGGAAUGGAAGAAGAAGACGCUAUUAAAGCAAAGGCUCACGUGAAACUACUCUGGGCAGUCAAACGCAUCAUUUUCGAUCUUUUCUCUCAGUUCUUGCAGCAGAACGUGUACCUCGAAGACGCUGACAUCAAUCGUGAAAUCCAACCAUUUACUCUAUUACUUAUGCAGAACACCAACAAGGAAACAGACGGCGCCAAUUUAGAAAAACUGAAACAAAGGUCAACCGUUGAAGGACCUUUUAAAAUUGAGCGCGAGUCCGGCUCCAUUACAGAAAAGAAUAUAAAUCUGUUUUCUCCCGUUGACUACACAUCAUUAUGCGUGCCCAAGGACUACUGUAUCUUCGGUAACUAUGGCAACCGGUUAGACGAAACCACGAAGGAGGAUCGAGAGGCUGUGCUUUUAAAACGAGGGGUGUGGCCAAGCGACGAAGCGAUCGAAUAUCAAUUCUCAUUCGUCGAAAUGAUGAAAGCCUUUGAGAUCAAGAGAGAAACAGAAGCAGAUUGUAACUUUACACCAUUGUCUACAUCGAGAAAAUGCGAUGUUUACAAUGAUGAUGAAAGCGACAGUGAAUUCCUUGAUCAAAAUGACGACGAGAUUUUGACGAUCAAUUUUGAGGUCGGACCAUCCACGAUCAACCGCUAUCCUGACAAAUCAUCUCAUUACCCGUCAAACGACACUGUGGGUGAUGUUUUGGGCAAUCUGGAAGAGGACGACAAAAAACAUUCAACAAAACCCAUACCAUCGCCACCACACACUGAAAAAUGGGAUCGGAUACCUCGAUCUAAUUCUGCGUAUGAACUAUUAUCAGCUCCUCAUCGACGGGAAUGUGCCUCUCCUCCUCCUCCUCCCGGCCAUCCCACCUCCCAGAAUGGGCAUAUGAAAGCCUUUCAUCCCACCAUUGCUGGCCCAACAGUACGUCCCCAUAUGAUGAUGAGGCAAACUACAAGGGAUGGUAGGGAUCGAAUGAGAUAUGGGUCCAGACCAGGCUGUCCUCAUCAGUGGCAGUAUAGGAGAUACAAUGAGAGUACAGCCCAACCUAACUACCGAGUACCUUCUCACCACUGUAAACCUAGUUAUAGAAGUGGACAGCGGUUUGUAGGUGGAUACGAUCGAAGAAAUAGUUACCAUCAAAACCAUGAACAAUAUUACAACCAAGAGUCUCCGCCGAUUGAAAGGAACCAUCACCACCAUCAGGUACGACCGAGUCCUUCUCGGAUUCCUUACAAUCCUAGCCGCCGAUCAGCGCACUACGAUCCAACUCCUUCUUCAAUAUACAGACAAAGGGAUAGGUGGGAUACAUCCAUCUGUCAACAUGGUCAACUGCACAUAUUCCGACAAGAAUGGGACAGGUCUAUGCAUCAUCAUGAUCACUUUCAACCAUCGUAUGAACCCAAUUUCCACCGUCACCACAAUUUUCGCGAUAGUAUGAACAGACGACAGAGAUAAUACUAACAGAUUUGGCAAAAUUUUUAGUAUGCUAUCAUCACUUAUAUUGUACUCAUUCUGUGCUACAAACCCCUUCAAAAAAAGCAAACACCAAACAAACAAAAUGAUGCACAGUAAUGGUGGACUGACAUUGCAUUUAAUUUUGGGUACAUGUAAUGAGAUUAGAACAUUAUUGUUUUUUAAUGAAGAGGAGAAGGUCCAAGAAAAUAAUUUCUCUCCAUUAACUUGUAUCGGAAGAAGGGUGCAGCUUAAAAAAUUUGUGAUUAAAGAGAAUAGUUGUUUCUAAAAAUAAAGAGUAUUGGUAUGAAACUUUAUAGCUGGUUGCGAUGGCCUUAACUAAUAUGCAAGAAAGUAGAGCGAUUGAGCAGGAUUAUCUACAAUGCUUAAUUAAUAGAAGCAAUAACACAAUGUGAACAGGGGUAAAGAGAGUUCAGAUAUGGUAUGAACGGAUUUUUAGUUUAAAGCAAAUAAACUUGUAAUAAUUUGAUUUUAUAUCUAUACACACAUACACACACACACAUACACACACCCUCACACACACAUAUAUAUUUGAUUUGAUUUAUUUCCACGUUCCAAUAACAAAAGUAUAUAAAAAUGUAAUCAUU